AGAAUGGAUUUACAAACAGAAAACAUGGCUCACAUUUUGGAAAAUGAUAAUUUUUUUAAAACGUCAUACCAAGAACCAGAAGAAGGCUUGAAAUCAGUUCCCAUAAGAGCAAAACCUUUGUGGCAGGAUGUGAAAGUCAACAACCUGAAGUAUGAUGAAGGAUUACUGGUGACUCAUGUCAAUCAGACACAUGAUCUGCUGAGAUUGACAGACACAGAAAAUGGAAAGAGUGAUUCUCAGAGCUCUGAAGAUUGGAUUCAGUACAAUGGCAUUGAGUCCAGGCAUCUCACCAUUCAAGAUCUGCUGAACCUUGGACACAUUGUCAUGAAACCAUCAAGAAAUGCCCCCAAGCAGAUUGAAUUUACAGCUGAGACAAUAAAUGCCUUUGAGUUACAAAUACGGGAGACUAUUGAAGAUUGCCAUAAGAGAAUAAGCUGGCUGAUGGAAAGCAGCAGGAAGAUGUUUGGCCUUGUAAAGGGGAAAAACGUUGGAUUGCUAAUAGAUUCAUCACAUCUAAACUGUGGACCAAGGAGAAUGGAUUUCCUUAGAGGCCUGCUGUGCCUUGUAGAUGAGCAGCUUUGCUACAAGGAUACAGUAUAUCUGAUGUCCUUUGGAACUGAUGUUUCCUGUCUUUGGGAAUCCCCGAGGAAUGUUUCUGUCCGAAUACUACAUGAAGCAAGGCAGUGGAUUCAAGAACUGCAACCUCGUGGUGGCUGUAACUUACUUCUGGCACUAAGAAAAGCUUUGCAGAUCCAAGACCUGGAUUCACUUGUCAUUGUUGUCAGCAGCUGCCCUGACCAGGCACCAGAUGUCUUAGCGGACUACAUCUUGCAGUGCACCCUGGGAAAAGAUCUACAACUUCAAAUUGUUUCAUUUGACAGCAUUGCUCAGGCUGAUUUACAACAACUGGCAGACACAACUGGAGGACGUUUUCAUUGUUUCUCUUCUUGGAAAGAGGAUGAGAUCUAUGCCAGCACUGAUAUCAAGCUCCUGAUUGAAGAGGUGCACAAAGCCACUGACAUGCUGAAUAAGAUAAACGAAAUGCGUCAAGGAUCAUUGGAUGAUACACUUAUUAAAAUAAUGCAGGAGAUAUCAACAAGGGUGGCUAAAAUGCCCCCCUCUAUUUUCCUUCCAAAACCUCCGAAUCAUGAUGGACCACUAAAUAUAGCGAUUUCCAGUUUUUCACCCAAAACUUCAGCGGAAUGGCUUAAGACCAAUGGGUUAAAAGCCAAAAAGCUGAGCCUCUACCAGGUACUUGCUCCGGAUGCAUAUUCCCUUGUAGAGGAUUUUGUUCCUAUACUUCAGAAAAAAGUCUCAUCUACGCUUCAUAAGCGGGCAAUGAUGCAGUUUGAAUGGCAUGAUGGCACUGUGAAAAACAUUCAUGUGGAUCCUCCGUUGUUGUAUGAUUACCAGAAACAGCUAGCAAAAGUAGCUCAGACGUAUGAGAAAAGGAUAGACUGGCUUACUAAAGGAAGUAGAAGAAUUUGGGGAACGAUUUGUGAAAAAAGGGUUAUAUUGCUUGUGGACACUUCAGUUGAGAACGCUAUGCACAUCAUACAUAUCCAGCAUUCUCUGAGACUUUUACUGGAGGAACAAAUGGGAAACAAAGACUUAUUCAACAUUAUAUCAUUUGGAAAUGAUAUUCGGUUUUGGAAGCCAGUGAUGGCUCCUGCAACUUCAGAAAACCUGCAAAGUGCAUGGAAGUGGAUUCUUAACCUCCAAUGUGAGGGUGGGCGAAAUGUUCUGGGAGCCAUUAAAAGAGCCACUGAAUUUAACUUCGAUGAUCGAGAAGACGGAGAAUCCCAGGGAAUAUACUUGUUUACUAGUGGUCUCCUAGAUCAAGAGCUACAUGCUGUGUCUGCUUACUUGUCUGAAGCUGCCUCUGGCUAUGAUUUACAGCUUCAUGUCUGUCUGUUCAGCAUCGAUGAUGACAGAUCUGAUCACUUCAGUGACAGGAGUGACACAGCCCGUGUUUUACAAGAUUUGGCUCAUGUCACUAAUGGAAGGUUUCACUGGUUUGCUGACAAAGGUAUUAUUGAAAGCAAUGACAUCACUUGUCUUGUCUCAGAGAUGGAAAAAGCUGUUAACUACUCCAAAAAGUGUGCUUUUUUGGUUGAAUCAUUAAAAGGCCGCCUUGGGAAUAAAGAAGAGAACCAGAUGUCCCCAGCUGAAGGAUCGGUUGUGCCAUAUCAGAAAGAGAAAAACAGGCCAAAAGCACUGCCACUUCCAAAACCUACUGCUCUGACACUUGCCCGAAUGAGCAUUAAGAAUGAUCAAGAAGGCAAGAAGGACACUAACAUGAAAGCAUUGUUGUGGAGACCAAAUAGUGCCAAAGCUGAAAUCCCUUCAGCCCCGGCUUUUAAAGACUGGGAUUCGGCUAGUGACAAGAAAAUGAAACAAAAGAAACAAAGAGCAUCGUUUGAUGUUUUUUACACUGAAAAUGGAAGAGACAUUGGGGUGGUGUACAAAGACUAUCCAACAACCAAAACCGUGAGGAAAUGCAUUCCCUUCAUUGCACUACCGAAAGAUGAAGAAUGCUGUUCAUCCAAAACAUGGCUGAAAAAGUAUGGUGUGAAGAAACUAAAGUUAGAGCUCACCAAGUUGCUGUCUGGUCCAGACUGCGCACACCAGAAAAAGUUGGUGCCGGCAUUACAUAAACAAGUUUCUGCAAAAUACUGCACUAUUUUCCCAAGUGUGGAAGUCAAUGGAGUGGUGAAACACCUUCAAUUUCAGCCCAGGGAGCUAGAGGAAUAUAUUGAGCAACUGGAGAAGGUUUUGAAACGCUAUAUUCGGCGACUGCAAUGGCUUCUAUCUGGCAGUCGCCAGCUUUUUGGUGUGGUACUGGAAAGUAAAGUGUGUAUAAUAAUUGAUUCAUCCAGCUCCAUGGCUCCCUUUCUGGAGGAGUUGCAGAAGGGGUUGAUUUCACUGCUGUGGGAACAACUAAGGGCUAGAAACAUAUGGGUUAAUAUGAUCAGCUUUGCAGAGAACAUUGAACCAUGGCAGGAGUGUUUGGUUGAGGCCACUGAUGAAGCAUGCCAGGAUGCUGUACAAUGGUUGUCCAGGCUGCAGCCUCGUGGGGACUCCUGUAUUGUCCAUGCUCUGGAGAAGAGUUUUUCUUACCUGGAUGUACAAGGCGUUUACCUACUGACGGAUGGAAAGCCGGAUAGCAGCUAUAACCUUCUAAUGGCUGAGCAACUUCUUGGGUCACAUGGUGUCAAAGUGCACACUGUGUCAUUUAACACUUCAGAAAGAGCAGGCAAUGAAUUCCUAAAGAAGCUGGCACGUCUAUCGGGCGGGAGAUUCCAUUCACCUCAUGCACAUAUGGAUGGCCAUUUUGUUGCACACAGAAUGCUAACUGAGGGGUUCACAGAUGAAGAUGAUCCUGUUCUUCCGAUAUUUGAAGGUGAUGAUCUAAAAAGACUUGCUAAAGAAAUAGACAAAGCUCGCCAGUUCAUCACCCAAGCCAGAUCAUUCCGGUCUCUCGUGCUGGAAAAACAAAAGUUUAUCUCCAAAGAUGUAUCUGUGGAAGGAAGUCGGCUCAGUAGAUCGGGAAGUGAGCGAACACAUACC